UGUUUAAGCUUUUACAAUGGCGUCAUUCAACUGCUUCAUUCUGGCCUUCUUUGUUGCCUUGUCAUUUUCAAGCAUGUAUGUCAGCUUAGCAGCUCGUAAUCUCUUGCAAUUGCCCCCACUGCCUUCAGUGCCGAACUUCCCAAAGCCUGCACUGCCACCAAUGCCGACAAUUCCAACUCUCCCACAGCCUACAUUGCCAACUACUCAGCCUUCUCUGCCUUCAGUGCCGAACUUCCCAAAGCCUGCACUGCCACCAAUGCCGACAAUUCCAACUCUCCCACAGCCUACAUUGCCAACUACUCAGCCUUCUCUGCCUCCUCUUCCUAGCUUCCCCAGUGUCCCAAAGCUCACUUUGCCUCCCUUGCCAAGUAUGCCUUCGAUUCCCACUAUCCCAUCUACAAUUCCCUCCAUCCCUUUCCUUUCUCCUCCACCUGGAAACUAAUCUAUCUCUGACGAAUUCAGUUGAAUGAUUCAAUUCCCUUGUCUCUGGUUCUGUUCAUCUGUUUGAAAGCAUUGUUAACUGAUUUUAUGGUUUGAUGAUUUGAUUGCCAUUUUCUGUUGUAUGUACUUGUACACUAUCUAUGUAUUUAUUUGUAUUUUCCUUUUCUUCUCUC